ACAUUUACGCGAUGAACGGAGCAAAGGAGAUAAAUAAUAUAAUUAAUGACGUCCCGACAGAAUAUGUGAAUCCAUUAAGAGAGGCUCUUAUAAAAGAGACCCCGAUCUAUAAUACCGGGAAGACAAUCACCAUAUCCCUGGACACCCUGCUCACACAAACAUACAUGGUGCACGCAGCAUUACUCGCCGUAAAGCUUUUGGCUCUCAGCCCGUUAACAGCUUUGACAUGGGUAAAUAAAGGUUUAUUCACGAACACCGAUAUUGUACGAAGAGCGUAUCUAUCAGAAUUGAAGAACUUGGCACCUUUUUGGAUCGUUGGAGUGUUGUAUAUAACAACGGACCCGCCGGUCGGUUUGGGAACCACUUUGUUCCGGGUAUAUACCGUCGCAAGAAUGUGUGUCGUUUUGGGAUACGCUACGCGGCCGUUGCCGGCUCUUAUCUCCGAUAUGGCCCUUAUAACGUCCUAUUUUAUUAAUUUUUAUAUGUCUAUUUCUGUAAUUUAUCAUUACAGAUAUGCUUUAUAA